AUGGCCCCUGUCCCCCGACCUGGACCGCUGUCGCCGAGUUCUCGGGGGAAGACGAACGCUGCGGGUGAGGAGUGCUCACUGAGUGGCAGCUGCGGACCCGAAGCCUGCACACGUCGGCGAGACGAUCGCGUUGCAAAACCGGGACUCUCCGUUUCUUGUCGCUGGUCUGUUUCCACUAGUCCUGGAUCAGCGAGCAAAGUCAUAGAGGUGGUCGGAGACCGCGCUCAGGCCACCGUGUUGACGAAAGAGUCUCGAAGCGUACUCGGAGGCAGCCCGAGUAGUGGACGGCUCUUGCCGUGCCUCGGCUCCGGCAACGGGGUGCCAGGCCAGAGCACGGCGCUGCCGAAAGGCGCUCCUGCUCGUGGCGCUGGGCGCGAACACCUGGAGCAAUCUUUCCUUGACUUUGGGCAGCGGAACGGUGCGGGACCGGUGACUUGCCCCGAGUGCGGAUGUACAUAUGUGGUAGGUGUUGCCGCAGACGAACGCGCGCAUACCAGCGAACAUCAACUGUUCCUUUAUGGGGUUCCAGUGACGCACCCUCGCUUCCUCGACGCUGCGGUCGAUUUGGGCAAAGCCCCUGAGCAGCAGUGGCCCGCGUUUGAGCGCAUCCCGGGAUGGAUUGUGCACGUCAGUACGAGCAGAGGCAGAGCAAGCGCUGCGCAACACCAAAACAGAUCAGGAAAUAUCCUGCACGUCCAACAGCCAUGGUUUAAGACGCUCUGGAGAUUGGCCUGUAAGGAUUGGAGUGCUCAUGCGGAAGCAUCGGAGCCUACGAUACCUUUUGGUACGGAGCUUUCAGAAGCGGUUCCACCAAUCUGGAUCUUUGUCUAUAUUGGCAGACAGCGCCGCAAUGCCAUCGGACUUGUCGUCGCGCGUGCCCUGACGCUACGGGAGCCAUUAGACCAUGUGCGGCAGGAGGCACCCUGGUGUGGACUCGAGCGUGUCUGGGUCCACACUGCAUAUCGUCGAUGCGGGGUGGCAACCGCUCUCGCGGACACAGCACGAGCACAUGUCUGGGCUGCAACAGUGGUUCCGCGCCAUCGCUGCGCGUUCACGGAACUGACUACCGCCGGUGAUGCAUUUGCAGCUGGGUACGUCGGUGGUCGGGAUCGAAUUCGGUUGUACAAACCUACAAAGCACAUAUAG